AUGGCAUAUAUCCUCUACUCGGUUCUCUUCUUCUCCAUCGCGAUCUCAACAGUCCUGUACUUCACCCGCAGCCGCUGGACACCAUACCUUCCCACCACUGUGCAAGACCUCCUCUCCCGGCUAAAUCCAUCCACGUAUAGCCGCGUUCCGACUUCAUUCAUGGGCGAUGUCGAAUCGGGCUUCACCUCCGCGGACUUCGAUCUCAGCUCCAACAUCAUGGAAGGCGACAGCCGAGGCGGACUGGACCAGAAGGCGAAACGAGAGAUUCAGAGGUUGAUGAAGAUCAGAGGCAUCAAUUUUGAUGAAGCCAGACGGGUGUACAUGGAACAACGGUUCAAAAAGCAUGGGAUUGGAGAGGAUGGAAUCCCGAAAGAUCCCAAGUUCGUGUCGUUCUCGUAA